AUGGAUAUGAAAUUUCGCCAGUUUUUAUUAGCAAUAUUAGAUGAUUUGUCUGAUCUCGAUCGAUGUCGAUUGCAUUUCGUUCUCGGAAAGCAGAUACCACGGCGUCUAAGAGAAUCUUAUAAUAUUGAAAACACCAUUCAAAUAUUUGAACAUUUAAUUGAUACCGGUAAUGUGUUUCCGUAUCUCGUUGAUGCUCUAUCUGCGUGUGGACGAUUAGAUUGGUCAGAAAAGUUAAAAGAGUAUAAAUCGAUGUCUUGUAUAGAAAUAACUCAUCCAAAUCAGCAAUCAACAACAGAAAUUUCACUAACACAAAAAGCAUUAGAUGAAAUGACAGAUGAUGAAGAAGAUUCCGGGACAACUUUUUUAAAAUUCUUUACUAAAAAUCGUGCCCUUUUUAAUUCGUCACGCAGCAUUACAUUAUAUUUUGAUGCAAAUGUACAGAAAAAAGGCAAUUAA